AUGCUCCGUCAAGCUCUGCUUCGUGGCGCACAGUGUGGUCGUUGUAUGGCCAAGAAUGCAUCAUGCAAGUCAUUAAUGAAUCGUCAGUUCUCCCAUCUGCCAUGGUUUCCAUCGUUCAGAUCGUCGAAUCCAUUCAGAAAUCUCGAACGUCAGAUUCGUGAAGUGGAGGACUACUUCGAUCAGGCAUUUCCAAUGUCCCGUGGUUGGGCAGGCGAGUUUUGUCCAAGGAGAAUGCGCGACCAUCCGGUGUUAGCUGAAUUCUAUCGUAUUCAGAAUCCAAUUGUUGAGGAGAACGGCGUCAAGAAGUUCAUGCUAGAAUUCGACGUGAGACGAUUCAAACCUGAAGAAGUGAGCCUCUCUCAUUUGCAUUAUUCGUUCAUAGAAUCAAGCUGA